AUUUGCGACACGUGGCUUUGAGGCGGAAUGAAACUCAAAUCACAACAAGUAUCCUCUGGCAGGGACAGCACCCAACACACAACACAAGCGGAUGUGGCUUCAUCAACUAACUUGAUCCGUUCUUCACAAAGGAGGGAGUCCUGGUCAUCACAACGUGUGCAGCUCGUCGAUACCUCUUCCGGAUGUGACGUCAGAACAGGAGUAGGAGGCUCUCCUCGAGCGACAGGCCGGGCGAAGCAGCAGGCAAGGAAGCAGACCGUGACAAAUGUAAACAGAAACAAUCCGCUGCUUUCACGUGCGGCCCAGCGUGCAUUGCGGCUGAUGGAGGUCCUGGCCCCAUCCGGCCGACAGAUGGACAAAAAUGUCCUGAGCAUCUUCCGCACUAGGACCCUCGAUACCUCGCUCGUGCUGGACGUCGCCAGAUGAACUUUGGAUUGGACGGCCACGCCCAGUGCACGUCAGCUGCGAAGGGACGUAACCCCUUGUUUACUUUCUCGAUCAUCGCAAAGUCGAGGCUGGAGAUGCGCAGCCAACAAUUCCAUCUACAACAUUCUUGAUUAGAAUGGCAGAAGAAAAUACCAUGACGAAUGAUAAUGUGACAGUUACAGAAACAAUAACAGAAGAAGAGGAGACACAGGUAGAACAGCAUGGACCCACACUGCAUCUAAAAUUGAAAAAUCCCAAACCUGACAAGAAGGUGAAGUGGUCAACAGAAACAAUAGACAAUGAACACAUGAACAAAAGGAAGUCAAAAUGCUGCUGCAUUUAUGAAAAACCGAAGCUGUUUGGGGAAUCGUCUUCAGACGAAGACGAUGAUGAAACAGACCAUUGUCGUGGACACAAGGGAAAGUGUUUUCGCCAUGGAAGCAAACAUCAUGAUCAUAAUCCCAAUGAUGAUUCAAAUGAAGCUGGCCCUUCUUCAUAGCAGAGCUGCAUUUGUGUGAUGUGGUGACGAUGAUUUGACAAUCUGUCACAGACUGUUCAAGGGGAAUAGG